GGUGCUGUCUCAUGUGGGUAGGUCUCCAGGGUAGAGAGCUGCUGUAUUUAGAGACUCGGUUUUUGCAGGAGGUUAUUGAACCCUUUCCCCUCCCCCCCUCAGAGGGAAAAAGCAACCCUGUCCUGGGGCUCUCAUGUUUGGGGAGGGGGCCCUUGGCAAAGGAAGGCUUCUUGCCGGAGUGUUGCCCAUUUUCGGGUCCUUGCUAGUGGGGUUGUGGAAAACCCCCUGAGGAUUUCUCUGAAAGGCUUGCCCCUUUAAGCUACCUUGGCAGUGCUUUUAAAAGAGACACUUGCACAGUAGCUCUGUUUAUUUUGCAGGAAGGAGCUGUUCCUGGGGGCACGCUUUUGUGGAGGGGGUAGGCUUUUCAGAGCUUCCAGGUUUCGAGGUGACCAGUGGGAUGUAGAAAGGUGUGCGAGGCCUAAUCUUGGGGAUUCAGGUCCCUGUGUGCAUACAUACUACUUUCUUCCUGCUUCUGCUGCUGUUUUAUUGACCUCGCACCAGGGAAAUGUCGGAGCUGAGGCAGCGAGGAGCUGGGGGGGAUAAUGAAGCCGAAAAAAUCAUUGAAAAGGAUGUGGAUGGAGAUGAAAGAUUUGGAGAACUAGACCUCAGAAAUGAUUCAGAAGUUCCUGAAGUUGUUCCAUCAACAGACAGCACCCCAGAAAUUUUAAAGAAGGCCCUUUCUGGCUUAUCUUCCAGAUGGAAGAAUUGGUGGAUUCGUGGAAUUUUAACUUUAGCUAUGAUUUCAGUUUUCUUCUUGAUCAUAUACAUGGGAUCAUUUAUGCUCAUGUUGCUUGUCUUGAGCAUACAAGUAAAAUGUUUCCAUGAAAUCAUCACUAUAGGUUACAGAGUCUAUCGUUCUUAUGACUUGCCUUGGUUUAGAACACUAAGCUGGUAUUUCUUAUUAUGUGUGAACUAUUUCUUUUAUGGAGAGACUGUGGCAGAUUACUUUGCCACAUUUGUUCAGCGACGAGAGCAACUUCAGUUCCUAAUUCGAUAUCACCGAUUUAUAUCCUUUGCACUUUAUCUGGCAGGUUUCUGUUUGUUUGUACUGAGUUUGGUGAAGAGGCAUUAUCGUCUGCAGUUUUACAUGUUCGCAUGGACUCAUGUCACUUUGCUGAUCACUGUAACUCAAUCCCAUCUUGUCAUCCAAAAUCUGUUUGAAGGCAUGAUCUGGUUUCUUGUUCCAAUCUCAAGUGUUAUUUGCAACGAUAUUGCUGCUUAUAUCUUUGGAUUCUUCUUUGGGAGAACCCCAUUAAUUAAGUUGUCCCCGAAAAAAACCUGGGAAGGCUUCAUUGGUGGCUUCUUUACCACAGUUGUGUUUGGUUUCAUUGUUGCCUACCUUCUGGCCCAGUAUCAGUAUUUUGUAUGUCCUGUGGAAUACAACAGUGAAACAAAUAGAUUUGUCACAGAGUGUGAGCCAUCAGAACUAUUCCAGUUACAGAAGUACUCCAUACCAUCCCUGCUGCAGCUUGUGCUGGGAAGAGAAACAGUGAAUAUGUACCCAUUCCAGAUGCACAGCAUUGCUCUGUCAACAUUUGCAUCCUUAAUUGGGCCAUUUGGAGGCUUUUUUGCCAGUGGAUUCAAAAGGGCUUUCAAAAUCAAGGAUUUUGCUGAUACUAUUCCUGGCCAUGGUGGAAUAAUGGAUCGUUUUGACUGUCAGUACUUGAUGGCUACCUUUGUUCAUGUCUAUAUCACCAGUUUCAUAAGAGGCCCCAAUCCCAGCAAACUACUGAAACAGCUGUUGGUGCUCCAGCCAGAACAGCAAUUAAAUGUUUAUAAAACUCUGAAGUCACACCUGAUUGAAAAGGGGAUUCUUCAGCCAUCACUGAGAGGAUAGGAGGACCAAAGUGUGGACUGCCAAGAGAAGCAGAACUGAAAAUGCAGUUUUGCUUGGACAUAGCAAGGUGCGUCAGACUGAAGCCAGACUCUCUGUCUGAGAAUAUGAAUGUCUGUUUACUGAGAUUACUGUGAAUACCUGGGAGGCCAUGCAAGAUCUAAGUUCUCUGAAACAAUUCCAUGUUUUUGCUGUCUAGUUUCUUGGCUUGAUGGAAUGAGACAUCUCCCUUGGUUCCAAACUUCAGAAUUUUGUACAAGUUAAUUAUACAUUUUUAAACAAUGAUGUGCACACUCCUUCUAGAGUAAAUAAUGAAAGGAAUACUUGUGAGUGUGCAAUUUAUGUCAACUCAUUUUUGUGCAAUGAGAUGAAUGACUCCAGCUUAGUUAACAACACUUUAUAGUUUGUAUCUCAGUUUUAGCUGACAGUAUGGCUAAAUAAUAAUCAAAUGGCAAUAGUGGCUGUUUUAUCCUAUUAUAUUACUUCCAAAAAUAGGAAAGAAACAUGUAAUGGGAUGGCUCCAAGGGCAAAUGCAUGCCUGUACUGGAUUGCUCAGGUUGAAUUUAUUUCUAGCUAAAA